UCUCGGCCUAACCACCCCCCAACUCCAGCCCAAAUGCCCCCACAACCACCACUACCACAACUGACUACGCCUUAACCAAAAACCCAAACCAAAAAAAAAAAGGAAAAAAAAAAAGAACAUAACUCCCUAAACCCCACCUUUCCCAAUUUUGAUGGCUUCUCACCAAGACGACGUCGUUUUGCCCGGCGAAGAAGACCUCGACUCCUCCUCCUCCCAAGACGAGGACGAAGACGACGUCGUUGAUGACGAUGAAGACGACGACGAUGAGGAAAACGACGACGUCUUAGCUGAUGCCUCCUCUCCUCCGUCCGCCUCUUCCGCCGGGACUGAUCGUUUCCAUGUCGCCGUUGCUGUUGCUCCUUCCUCUUCCAACUCCGUCACUGUUGCCCUUCCGGCCGUUACUACAAACGGUGAGCCUAUUCGUCUUCACCAUCAUCAUCCUCCUCCUCCUUCUAGCCUUGCUACCACCGUGAUCGCUGCUGCUAAUCCAUCUGCUGUUUCUGAUCGGCAUAGAAACGAUGUCGUUUUGGCUGUGCAACCGGAGGAGAAGAAGCCUGCUGCUUUUGAUGAUUCCAGGAAACUCUUCCAGAGGCUCUGGACCGACGAGGAUGAGAUCGGACUGCUGCAAGGGUUUCUUGACUAUACCACGCAGCGUGGGAAGACGACGCAUCAUGGUCAAAACGACACCGCUUUGUUCUAUGAUCAGAUCAAGUCGAAAUUGCAGUUGGAUUUCAACAAGAACCAGCUCGUAGAGAAGCUUCGAAGGUUGAAGAAGAAGUACCGGAACGUGCUCAACAAAAUCUCCACCGGUAAGGAAUUCUCCUUUAAGAGCCCUCACGAUCAGGCCACUUUCGAGAUCUCUCGCAAGAUCUGGAGCGACUUGGGCCGUAUUGGUCCCGAAGAUAAUGCCCUGGAAGACGACGAUCCGAACCCUAACAACCCCAAUUUUCACAUCGAGGUCAAGGCCGAGGAUGCUGGGGGUUUCAUUGUCGAGAAGAAGACGCCGACGUCGAGGUCUCGUAAGCGAUCACGACCAAAAUCCGCCAUGGCAGCGGACGACCGACGCUGUAUGAAUGAUGUUUCGCCGCCGAAUAAGGAUAACAGCUACAAUCACGGCGGCGGUGGUACUACUACUAACACCACCAUUAACAAUAACGGAAAUGUCCAGGGAUUGAUAGAAGAGACCGUGAAGAGUUGUUUGUCGCCUUUGUUCAAGGAACUGUUGAGUAGCACCAUGGCCGCCGGCAGCGGGCCGGGGCCGUGUGCGGCGGCGAGGGGGUUUGGUGGGCUUGCAUUGAAUCCGAUUCCGUUGAACUUCGGUGGGUCGUCAAUGAAUUUCGGGUGUGGGGAAGUGGUGGACGAGAGGUGGAGGAAGCAGCAGAUUUUGGAGUUGGAGGUUUACUCGAAGCGAUUGGACUUGGUGCAGGAUCAGAUAAAGACUGCUUUGGAGGAUUUGAGGUCGAGAGGAGGGCCUUAAAUCUUGAAACGGCAAGCUUUUUGGAUACAAAGAUGACAACUUUGUUGCAAGAGCCUCAGAGGGUCUUCGGGUUUUUUUUUUCUUUCUAAUUUAGCCUUCUGGUUCGUAUAAAUUUCCUCUGAUCACUGAUCAAUGGUUGAUAAUAUAGUGUAGCUUAGUGUUUGAAUUUGGAAUAUUUAUUAUCCUUAGAUUAAUUGAUAAAAAAAAAACCAAGCCGGUUGAAUAAUGAUUAUCCUCAAUGACUGUAUAGUCAUUUGAUAGUUUGUUCAUAGCUUUUCUUCUUUUAGAUUCUCCUCAUGACUGAAUAAUGAUUCUUCUUUUAGAUUUGUGUGGAUAAUAGAUAAUUUAAUUGAAACCUCAAUUUUCGUUUC